GCAGCGACGAGAUCUCACUCAAUCGCUCAGAAGAGAGCUUGGGACAACGACACAAGACCAGGAGGACCGGUUAAGCUCCUCAAACUCAAGAGUCAUCAGAUCUCAUACUGAGAAUCGGGCCCUUGCAGCCUGUCAUCAGCGGAAGUCAGUAACCCCUUGUGUGGGCACGCUCUAUGUGCAACGCAGUCGCACCGCGAGCUGGCUCCAUUUGUGUCUUGGUCUGUGAAGGUCUGGUUCUAUCCUACCGUGCAACGUGUAUCACGAGUCCGACAAAUCGUUCGCAGGCCUUGCUUCUUUCCCUCCCAUCGACCAUGAUCCUCUCUGUGUCACUGGUGAAGCCCCUGGGCAAAGGUAGGAUGAUGAGAUGUAUAUGUAUUGCGGAAACCGACUGGCAAAGAUCGAAUGCGUUUGGAGCAGGCGUUUACUCAUCUCCAACCUUCUUGCCCUAAAUACGGUAAUGUAAUGCGAGAGAUGAAGAAGAGUGUCAGCGGCAGCUCCUCGUAUCUAUCGGAGAACACGUUUCAACCAUGUC